AUGUCAGAACGUCCGUCGAAGAAGAGCAAGAUGUCGAAUUCUUUGGAACAACUCAAGAAAAUGACCACUAUUGUGGCCGAUACAGGGGAUUUUGAGGCCAUGAAGAAAUACAAACCCACGGAUGCCACGACGAAUCCCUCGCUGAUUCUGGCGGCCGCCGCCAUACCGCAGUACCAAUCCCUCAUCCAGGACGCCGUGAAGUACGCCCAGAAGCUCGGCGGUUGUCCCGACGAUGUCCUGGCAAACGCCCUCGACAUGGUGUGCGUCCUCUUCGGUACCGAAAUUUUGAAAGUCAUACCCGGAAGAGUGUCCACCGAGGUCGAUGCGAGGUUAUCGUUCAAUAAAGAGAAGAGCGUGGAGAAGGCGAUAAAAAUUAUAAAAUUGUACGAGGAACAGGGCGUGGAUAAAGAGAGGGUGUUAAUUAAAUUGGCUUCGACGUGGGAAGGUAUACAAGCAGCAAGAGAAUUGGAAUGCAAACACGGUAUCCACUGUAACCUGACGCUUUUGUUCAGUUUCGCCCAAGCAGUGGCGUGCGCGGAAGCCGGCGUCACUCUCAUUUCCCCUUUCGUCGGUCGCAUUUUAGAUUGGUACGUCGCAAACACCGACAAAAAGACCUACACGGGCGAUGAAGAUCCCGGCGUAAUUUCCGUCACCAGUAUCUACAAUUAUUAUAAGAAAUUCGAUUACAAAACCGUCGUCAUGGGGGCUUCCUUCCGCAAUGUAGAGGAGAUAAAAGCGCUGGCCGGUUGCGACCUUCUCACCAUCAGCCCGAAACUGCUGGGCGAGCUGGAAGCCAGCGACGAUUGCGUGCCGCUGAAAUUGAGCGCGGAGAAUGCGAAAAAAUCGCCGGCCGAGAAGAUCUCGAUAGACGAGCCGACGUUCAGAUGGAUGUUGAACGAAGAUCAAAUGGCGACCGAUAAAUUGUCGGACGGUAUUAGGAAAUUCGCCGCCGACUGCAUCAAAUUGGAGAAGACGCUCAAAUGCAUGAUAGGCUAG